AUGUCUUCCUACAGACAGGCCUGCAGCUACUCACCCUGCGACGUGAGCUGCCCAGCGCCGUACGCAAAUGCCUGGAACCAGCCCUGCGUCACCUCCUGUGGGGACUCCCGCGCCGUGGUCUACCCACCGCCUGUGGUCGUCACCUUCCCGGGCCCCAUCCUCAGCUCCUGCCCUCAGGAGAGCUUCGUGGGCACCUCAGCCCCACUGGAGAUAGGCAGCUCCUUUGGCUACAGGACCUCCCUGGAUUCCCAGAGCUCCUUCGGGUCUGGUGCUUACCUGGGAGGCAGGUACUCCUACCCCUGCUAUUCCCGUAGGUACACGACUUACCGUCAUGGGAGCUGCGGGCCCUGCUAA